GGAGUAUAUAUGCUAGAGUAUUUUGAAGGAGCAUUUAUGCAUAGUUGUGUCAUGUUUCUAACCCCAUAUGUUUACUGUGUGUAUUUGCACACAAUUCCUUUACGCAGCAUUACAUGGUAAUAUGAUGCAUACUAGUUUGCACUCUGGAAUACAGAACUAUGUUGUACUGCACUGUUCUUACUUCUUAUAUUGGUGCAGUGUUGAUGAAUUGCAAAGGCUGUUAAAAGACAAAGAGGCAUAUAAUGCCUUUUUCAAUUCUCUCGAUCAAGUGAAAACCCAAAACAAUUUACGUGACGAGCUUAGGAGGGAGACACUGCAGCUUGCAAGAGAAAAUUUGGAAAGGGAGCAACGGAUUUCAGAGCUCAGGAAUCAGUGCACUAUUAUAAGAACUACAGAACUAGCAACUGCUGAGGACAGGUUGGCUGACUUGGAAAGGCAGAAGGACGAGAUUAUGAGGUCCUAUUCUCCUGCUGCACUGCUCUGGACAGCUGCAUCUCCAAUUCCUAUGUUCUCUUCGUUGCAUACUUUCUUCGGAGGCACAAUGGCUAAGUUGGACGAGGAGUCGGAGGAGCUGCACCAGAAGUUCCUGGAGAAGGACAUCGAUCUGACCACCUUCGUGCAGAAUUUGCAUUCAUAUGCAUAG